CAACAAGUUCAGCUGGGAAGAUGGCGGAUGACAAGGAAGCUUUUAUAGGAAAAGGUCUUUCUGGCUCACCCCAUCCCCUCCCAAUUCCCAGCUUCUGAUGGAAUUGAGCAAGGGGUGGGGCUGAGUCAGACUGCUGGAGUCUCGCUUGUCCUAGGAUUCUCUGCCUAAGCUUAAGGACCUGGCAUUUCUCAAGAACCAGCUGGAACGCCUGCAGCGGCGUGUGGAAGACGAAGUCAACAGUGGAGUGGGCCAGGAUGGCUCGCUGUUGUCUUCUCCGUUCCUCAAGGGAUUCCUGGCUGGCUAUGUGGUGGCCAAACUGAGGGCAUCAGCGGUAUUGGGCUUUGCUGUGGGCACCUGCACUGGCAUCUAUGCGGCUCAGGCAUAUGCUGUGCCCAAUGUGGAGAAAACAUUAAGGGACUAUUUGCAGUCGCUACGCAAGGGGCCGGACUAGCUCCAGGUGCCAUGGAAGAGGCAGGAUGAGCGGCUCAGCCUUCAGGUGGAGACACUUUAUCUGAAUUCCCCAGCUGUCAUCCAUUUGCUCUCUCCAACUUUCCUGCCACCUUCAUCCUUGCCUCCCUUCCUGCAGAUUGUGAACAGUAGUUCCUCAGCCUACACCCUGGAUACCUUCUUCCGCUUCCUAACUUCAUGGGACUGGCCCCAAGAUUGUGACUUCAAGGACUACCAGCCCCUUACUCUUCAAGCCCUGACUGUGGGGUUGGUAGAUGCCUCCGAUCCUCAGUAUUCUCUCUGGCAAUGUUCCACAGCUCCUCCUUCCUGGGAGCUGGCUCCGUAACUUGAUUUACCCCAAACGUGUUGCAAUCCCUGCUGCCCCUUAGUCACCCAGGGUCUGGUGUGGGUAUGAGUGUAGAGGAUGGGGGUAUGCCGGGCCUGCGCCGUCCCAGGCAGGCCCGCUGGACCCUGAUGCUACUCCUAUCCACUGCUAUGUAUGGUGCCCACGCCCCACUGCUGGCACUGUGCCAUGUGGACGGCCGAGUGCCCUUCCGGCCCUCCUCAGCCGUGCUGCUGACUGAGCUGACCAAGCUACUGUUAUGCGCCUUCUCCCUUCUGAUAGGCUGGCAAGCAUGGCCCCAGGGGGCCCCACCCUGGCGCCAGGCUGCUCCCUUCGCACUAUCAGCCCUGCUCUAUGGCGCUAACAACAACCUAGUGAUCUAUCUUCAGCGUUACAUGGACCCCAGCACCUACCAAGUGCUGAGCAAUCUCAAGAUUGGAAGCACGGCUGUGCUCUACUGCCUCUGCCUCCGGCACCGCCUCUCUGUGCGUCAGGCGUUAGCUCUGCUGCUGCUGAUGGCUGCCGGGGCCUGCUGUGCAGCAGGGGGCCUUCAAGUGCCUGGGAACACCCUUCCCAGUCCCUCUCCAGCAGCUGCCGCCAGCCCCAUGCCCCUGCAUAUCACUCCGCUGGGCCUCCUGCUCCUCAUCCUGUACUGCCUCAUCUCAGGCUUGUCUUCAGUGUACACAGAGCUGCUCAUGAAGCGACAGCGGCUGCCCCUGGCACUUCAGAACCUCUUCCUCUAUACUUUUGGUGUGCUCCUGAAUCUAGGUCUGCAUGCUGGAGGCGGCCCUGGCCCAGGCCUUCUGGAAGGUUUCUCAGGAUGGGCAGCACUCGUGGUGCUGAGCCAGGCACUAAAUGGACUGCUCAUGUCCGCUGUCAUGAAGCACGGCAGCAGCAUCACACGCCUCUUUGUGGUGUCCUGCUCACUGGUGGUCAACGCCGUGCUCUCAGCAGUCCUGCUACGGCUGCAGCUCACAGCCGCCUUCUUCCUGGCCACAUUACUCAUUGGCCUGGCCAUGCGCCUGUACUAUGGUAGCCGCUAGUCCCUGACAACUUCCACCCUGAUUCCGGACCCUGUAGAUUGGGCGCCUCCACCAGACCCCUAUCCCAGCCUUCCUCCCCCUCCCAUCAGCAGCCCUGUAACAAGUGCCUUGUGAGAAAAGCUGGAGAAGUGAGAGCAGCCAGGUUAUUCUCUGGAGAUCGGUGGAUGAAGGGGUACCCCUAGGAGAUGUGAAGAAUGUGUUUGGUUAAGGAAAUGCUUACCAUCCCCCACCCCAACCAAGUUCUUCCAGACUAAAGAAUUAAGGUAACAUCAAUACCUAGGCCUGAGAAAUUACCCCAUCCUUGUUGGGCAACUCCCUGCCUUGUCCUGCAUGAACAGAGUUGAUGAAAGUGGGGUGUGGGCAACAAGUGACUUUCCUUGCCUACUUUAGUCACCCAACAGUGGCUACUGCCUACAGUAGCCCUGUUGCCACAGAUUAUACAACCAUUACCCCAGCCACUUUGACAAUCACCCCCAGUUCCAGCAAUGCCUAGAGACAUGCUCCCUGCCCUUUCCACAGUGCUGCUCCCCACACCUAGCCUUUGUUCUGGAAACCCCAGAGAGGGCUGGGCUUGACUCAUCUCAGGGAAUGUAGCCCCUGGGCCCUGGCUUAAGCCGACACUCCUGACCUCUCUGUUCACUCUGAGGGCCAUCUUGAAGCCUGCUACCCACUCUGAGGCUCCUGGGAGGUACCAUGCUUCCCACUCUGGGUCCUGCCCCUGCCUAACAGUCUCCCAGCUCCCAACAGCCUGGGGAAGCUCUGCACAGAGUGAUCUGAGACCAGGUACAGGAAACCUGUAGCUCAAUCAGUGUCUCUUUAACUGCAUAAGCAAUAAGGUCUUAAUAAAGUUUUCUAGGCUGUAGGGUGGUUCCUACAACCACAGCCA